ACGAACAAAAACAAUGGUUAAAUGGCUGCCACGCUCCAGAAUUGUCGCCAAUAAAGUUAGCGGUUAGAGUAAAUAGUGGACAAAAUAACAACAACAGCAAUACUACGUAAUAGAAAUUGCAGCAGAGGCAACAACAAACAAUUUAGUACAAGUAAUAGCAGCUAAUUGCCAACGGACCAAAGUUCACAACAACAACAAUAAUAACAAUAAAAUAGGCGCCACAGCUGUGACACCAGCAGCACUAGAGGCUAAUAAGCCCAGACAGCUGGGCCAAACACCCACUCCCACAAAUACAUAACAGUACAUACAACUGAUUAUAUAAACGACUUCUCUUCCACCCGAAAUCCAUACUGGAUUACCAACGCCCAAAAUGUCCAGUACAGAUCUGCGUGCAUUUUUCGAAAGCAUAGAUGAUUCGGCGGCGGCCGAAACUCUGGACAUCGAAAAUAUUAUUGCCAAUUUCUCCACGGAAAUGCUGCGUAUGAACAAAAAUGUCCUUGAUGAGUCUGCAAUAAAUGAAAUUUCCAUAAACCAAACAUUGAAGGCGCUUUGCGAACAGAGCGGCAGGCGCACACCGCCACGCAAUGACUCAGCCACCUACUUAACCUGCCCGCCCUCCUUUGAUUCUGUUCUCUGUUGGCAGGAAACACCGGCCGGCACGACAGCAAUACAAUCCUGUUUUGCAGAAUUCAAGGGCAUACAUUACAAUACAACAGAAAAUGUGACACGCCAGUGCUUGGCGGACGGCACGUGGGACAAUUACACGGAGUAUAUGCGUUGUCAGCCGGCUACAAUACUACCGCCACAACUGGCUGAUCUUUCACCAACAAUCGAAUUAUCGUCGUAUAUAUAUUUCAUUGGAUAUUUCAUUAGUUUAACAUCGCUAAUUUUAGCAUUGAUCGUUUUCUAUUUCUUCAAAGACUUGAAAUGCCUGCGCAACACCAUCCAUGCGAAUUUAUUCCUUACCUACAUACUCGCUGCGCUGUUAUGGAUACUCACGAUGUGCCUACAUGUGAUGACUGAGCAUCCCAGCGAGGCCGGCUGCAUAACUUUGGUCAUGAUGUUUCAUUAUUUCAAUUUAACCAACUUUUUCUGGAUGUUUGUAGAAGGCCUCUAUCUUUAUACGCUGGUGGUGCAGACAUUUUCUAGCGAUAAUAUACGGUUUGUCAUAUACGCUUCCAUUGGUUGGGGUUGCCCCGCUGUUAUAACAUUUAUUUGGUCAAUAGCAAAAAUCUUCGCCACAUCAUUGGAGAGUGAACAUUUUAAUGGCUUGUUCAUACAGUGUUCGUGGAUAAGAGAAUCUCACAUUGACUGGAUAUUUCAAGGACCUACCUGCCUUGUAUUAAUACUCAAUUUAAUAUUUCUUAUACGCAUUAUGUGGGUACUCAUCACGAAAUUGCGUUCGGCCAACACUCUGGAGACGCGUCAGUAUCGCAAGGCAUCGAAAGCAUUACUUGUGCUCAUACCGCUGUUCGGCGUCACCUAUCUCAUUGUGCUAUUUUGCCCCGGUGGCGAAGGAAUGACACAAAACAUUUUUGAAAAUCUGCGUGUCUUCCUCAUAAGUACACAGGGCUUUUUCGUUUCCCUAUUCUUCUGCUUCCUCAAUUCGGAAGUGCGCCAAGCUCUGCGUCAUCGCUUCAUGAGAUGGCGGGACAAUCGGAAUUUACGAAACGGCAGCAUACAUCGUAAUCGUAGGCAUCGACUGUCCAAGGACUACUCGCAUCGUUCAAGAACGGAGAGUUUACGUACCGAGGAGUAUAUGAUUUGUGUGCGACCCUAGCAUAGCCACAGCUCCAGUUCGAUGAAACGGCAUCAUCAACACACAACACACACACGCACCGACUACGUUUGAAGACUUGCAAAAAAGUCAAAAUACGAACGUACGAGAACCGGAAAGACUUUGCCGAGUGCCAAUAUGUCCAACUAACAAAUGCUUUGCUAUCUAUAAACACAACAUUUGCUGAAUCUAUACUAUUGACAUGUACUGUAUAUAAUAAGAUAAAAAAAAUUAGAAACUAUUGAUAUGUGGCAAAAGCCAAAGGCAUUGUCUACCUUCAACUUUUUUAAACAAUGUACACAUAUGUAAUUAAAUGUAGCAUUUAUAUGUGUGUGUGUAAGUAUGUGUACAUGUGCCAUAUAACUAUUUACAAAUGUAAAAAAAAAAAACAUAAUAAUUUAAAUAUAACUGAGUGCGCUUGUGUGUGCAAAAAAUCGUACUCCAAAUGUUAUUUUGAUACCCUGAACAGACAGGGUAUAUAGUUUAUCACGAUGUCUGUAACACCCAGAAGGAAGUGUCGGAGACCCUAUAAAGUAUAUAUAUAAAUGAUCAGUAUGUUGAGCUGAGUCGAUUUAGCCAUGACCGUCUGUCUGUAUAUAUACGAACUAGUCCUUCAGUUUUUAAGAUAUCGUUUUGAAAUUUUGCAGAUGUUAUUUUCUCUCCAAGAAGCUGCUCAUUUGUCGGAACUGCCGAUAUCGGACCACUAUAUCAUAUAGCUGCCAUACAAACUGAACGAUCGGAAUCAAUGACUUGUAUGGGAAAACUUCCGCAUUUUACUACAUAUCUUCACGAAAUUUGGUGUGAGUUAUUGUUCAUAGAAAUAAUUUAAUCUCCGAAAAAAUUGUUCAGAUCGGUUCACUAUAGCAUAUAGCUGCCAUACAAACUGAACGAUCGGAAUCAAGGGCUUGUAUGGAAAACUUCCGCAUUUUACUACAUAUCUUCACGAAAUUUAGUGUGAGUUAUUGUUCAUAGAAAUAAUUUAAUCUCCCAAAAAAUUGUUCAGAUCGGUUCACUAUAGCAUAUAGCUGCCAUACAAACCGAACGAUUGGAAUCAAGGGCUUGUAUGGAAAACUUCCGCAUUUUACAACAUAUCUUCAUAAAAUUUGACAUGGAUUACUGCUUAAGGUAAUAAUAUAAUCUCCGAAAAAAUUGUUCAGAUCGGUUCACUAUAGCAUACAGCUGCCAUACAAACUGAACGAUCGGAAUCAAGGGCUUGUAUGGAAAACUUCCGCAUUUUAUUACAUAUCUUCACGAAAUUUGGUGUGAGUUAUUGUUUAUAGAAAUAAUGUAAUCUCCGAAAAAAAUGUUCAGAUCGGUUCACUAUAGCAUAUAGCUGUCAUACAAACCGAACGAUCGGAAUCAAGGGCUUGUAUGGAAAACUUCCGCAUUUUACUACAUAUCUUCAUAAAAUUUGACAUGGAUUACUGCUUAAGGUAAUAAUAUAAUCUCCGAAAAAAUUGUUCAGAUCGGUUCACUAUAGCAUACAGCUGCCAUACAAACUGAACGAUCGGAAUCAAGGACUUGUAUGGAAAAUUUUUCGCAUUUGACGUGGUAGCUUCACGAAAUUUGACAUGGAUUAGUAAAAUUUUUUCUUUUUUUUUUACUUACGUCUUUAGAUUUGCUUAAACACAUAGUUACUAAAAGAAAUGCACCUGUGAAGGGUAUAUUUCUUGUUUUCGCAUACAGUUUAUUUUAGAAAAUGACAUUGUGCUCACGGCAAUUAAAAAUAAAUACAAUUUUACAAAUUCACUAAAAAUUUCAUACAUAUGUAUAUGUAUAUACAUGCCUAUAACAAAUUAAUUCUACUGACUUCAAGCAUUUUAAGAUUGAAUUAAAGAUGCUAUAACAUAACACCAUAUCCCUAACUCAUAGUCAUAACUGUAACAAUAUUUACUAUAGUCGAUUUGCAGUUUUUGUUUUCAAUUCGAAAAUGCCAAAUAAAUCAAAUAGAAAAAAUUCAAAAAAUCAACAAACAAUUUUUUAUGGUUACAGGGAAAAUGGAAAAUCACAAUUCAAUUGAUAGUUAAAGUUAUGGUUACAGUCUUGUUGUUAUGAUAACGCACCACUAAUUGGAAGCAUUGUUGCCCGUAAAUUUGGUUCAAUCAGCUGUUUUAUAUGGAUAUGGUUAUGACACCUUUAAUUCAAGUUUUCUUUCUUAUUAUUUUAGUCAACUCUUUUCGUUUUUCGAUAAGGCAUUUCAGGAAAGUUUCAUAAUUAUUCUUCUUGUAGCAUGAACACA